AUGACCAACUCAUCUACCAGCAAACUCUUUCAACCGAUCCGCGUCGGGAACAUGCAACUCUCGCAUCGCGUCGUCAUGAACCCAAUGACUCGCUAUCGCAAUACGGACGACCACGUUCCAAAGGACAUCGUCGUCGAGUACUACUCUCAGCGCGCGAGCACUCCCGGCACUCUCAUCGUCAGCGAGGGUGUACCGAUCGCAGAUAAAGCGGGCGGACACAAGAAUCUUCCGGGAAUGUGGAAGGAUGCGCAGAUUGAGCAGUGGAAGAAGGUCGCGGACGCGGUGCAUGCGAAGGGCUCAUUCAUAUUCAUGCAGAUAUGGGCCUUAGGCCUUGGAGCGUAUCCCGAGGUGCUCGCUGAAAAGGGAUAUGACUACGUUUCUACAUCCCCAAUCAAGCUCUAUAACCGGACGUCAGCGCCGCGCGAAGUUACGAUCGACGAGAUCAAGGAAUACGUUCAACUCUUCGCAGAAGCGGCUCACAAUGCGGUCCAUCUCGCUGGAUUCGAUGGUGUCGAAAUCCACGGCGCAAAUGGGUAUCUUGUCGAUACAUUCCUCCAAGAUGUGACCAAUCAUCGCACAGACGAGUACGGCGGGAGCAUCGCGAAUCGGAUACGUUUUGCAGAUGAAGUUGUCGAUGCCGUCGUUGUGGCGGUAGGACAAGAACGUGCCGCGAUAAGGCUCGGUCCAUGGCAGAACAAGCAAGGGGUGGGCAUGUCUGAUCCAGUCCUGACCUUCAAGGCCCUAGUCGAGCGUAUCCACUCCAAACAUCCCGAUCUGGCGUACAUCCACGUUAUCGAGCCAGAGCCGGACCGCGUAGCAUCUGCGCCAGGAGUCGUGCGUUCAAACGCAUUCGCCGACGAAGUCCGGCUGCCGAAGCCGGUUCUGCACGCCGCGGCUUUCACUCCAGAGACUGCACGAGAAGCUGCUGAAAGGGAUGGCGUGUUGGUCGGCUUUGGGAAACUGUUCAUAUCGAACCCAGACUUGCCAGUCAGACUGCAGAAAGGACUUCCGCUGGCAGAGCCUGAUCGCGCGACAUUCUUCACUCACGAUGCGGUUGGCUACACUGACUACGCGUUCGCUGAAGAGGUGCGGGAUGCGACAUAG